GUUCUGGGAAGCGUCGAGGUCUCAUUCAGAGUCGUUUCUCCUCUGCUUCCUCUCCCGCCUUCUUCUCUGCUUCCUUGCUCUAUAAAUCUCUCUCCUUUUUAUCCAAUUCGAUCUUUAUACUUGUUUUUUUCUAUCUAUUUCACUCCAAUCUCUAUUAAAAAAUCAAUUUUUCUAUUGUGUUUUUGCAUUUGGAUUGUUGGAUUUUGUCUUUUCUGGUGAAUAUGCUAUCCUUUUUUAGCUUGAUCCUGACUAAAUUCGAUUUGGCUCUCCGGAUGAAUUUUUGUUGAUUUUUAGCAGUUUUAUUUUGGGGUUUCCGGUUUUGUUAACAAAAAAGUUAUCGGCUUUCUUAGUCUUGAAGCAAAAGGUGGCUCCUUUAUGGAGUCUUUUGGUUUUUUCUUGCUUUGUUUUCGUGAUCUUUUAGGGUAUUGGGGUGUAGAUGAGAGGAAUUAGGACUGGGUUGUGGAGGUUUUCUUUGUAGAAGUCGAUGGAUUCAGGUGAUGCCGACCCAGCUUGUAGGGAUGGGUAUAAGGUCUCGGCUGUUGAUGGUUCUGAGCAGGAAGGCGUGGAUAAGGGGGAUGACGAUGGUGAAGGCGAUGGGAAAAGAUCAUCGCUUCAUCCACCGGCGGUGAACUGUGUCAUGCCCGGUGAGCGGCCGAAGAGUCUAGGGCGAAAAGUCACGUGGAACGAUGUCAACGGGAACAAGCUUGUGGAAGUGUUGGAAUUCUAUCCAAGUGAUACAAGUGACUCAGAGGAUGAACAAGACGAUUGUGUCUGCACUAUAAUUUGGAUAAUCCGAUUGUUGCUGUCCGGCGGAGAACAAUCAUCACACAAGUGAGAGGUUUGAAUAUUUCAGCCGAAGGUUGUUGAUUAUCAAGAGCAAGAAAUGGCGAUAUAUUCCUUAAGAGUUUUGUACUAAAACCAGUUGUGGCAUUUGCCGAAAAUCAGGACUUAUCAAUGCUUUCUUUCUUGAUCCAACCACACAAGAAUCUAUGUAACUGAUCAUAUAUGUAUUUUUUGGAAUUCUUUGUUGUUGAAACCAAUAUAUUAAGUUGGUGGGAAUAUAGUGAUGGUUAAUUGUUGUC